AUGGAUUUUCAGAUUAGUAAAGUCGUGAUGAGUUUGUUCGUGAUUACUGCGAUCUUUCAAGCUUCUGGUGUCGACGCGUGGACUGGCGAGAUUCGCGGCAGAGUAGUAUGCGAUGUCUGUGCCGAUUCUUCAAUCGGACCUGAAGAUCAUGUUCUUGAAGGAGCUGAGGUUGCGGUUCUCUGCAUAACCAAAUCUGGAGAAGUUGUGAACUACCAAGCAUUCACAAACUCAAAAGGUGUAUACACAGUGGCAGAGACAAUGCCAGAGAGUGAACGUUGGGACGCUUGUCUUGCAAGACCAAUCAGCAGCUUCCAUACGCCUUGCAACCGCCUAAACCAGGCCAAUACAGGGAUCAAAUUCACUUAUAACCGGCCUUCCGGUUACUUCCAUGCCGUGAAACCUUUUGUGUAUCGACCUCAAUAUGCACCUUCGUAUUGCUGA